UCAUCUACACAACAUCUCCCUCGUAGACACCCCAGGCCAAGACUGAAACACUCUUCAAAGCCAUCAUGAGCGCAGCCGUCGCCCCGCCCAAUUUCGCCAGCACGAGCGAGCCGCUCGGUGCAGCUGUCCCACCAUUCACAUCGCAUGCGAUCUCAGUCUCUCUUCCCACAUGGCGCGACAAUAUCGGAUACGAGGAAGGCGAGAAACGCGUCGCCGACGCCAUGGUCACCGGAUACCCGCGUUUCUUCAUCCAUCGGUCUGUACAGAAGUUAGCGGCUAUAUGCGAGCAGAAAUUCGGACAGGGCGGCGAAAAAUGUCUGCUCUGCCCGUCGCGUAGGGUCGCGGAGCACUGCCGCGCAUUCAUCCUCGAUCGGCUCGCCAAGGAGGGGAAGAAAGGCCACGUUCGGCUCGUGCAGUACUUCAUUGCGUCCUCCCCGCCUCCCUCACCCACCAUACUCAAGCAUCAACGGGCGGGGAGCAGCUCUGCUGGCACAAGCACCAGCAAUGGCGACGCUGACACCGCCCACCGAUCUGCUGAGAUCCACAUUGCACUCUUUCAGCCCGACGUGUUCCCGUACGCAAAGCAGUUUUGGCAGCACUGCGGCAUGAUCGUGUCGUCCCGCCUCGCGGAACACUGUCUCACACUCCUUGAUGCGUCUUCUGAGCCGGCUUCCCAGGCGGCCCCCGCCUCGCCCACCACGCCAGCAUUCUCAAACUCCCGCGUGGCCUUCAAAGCACCUAACAGGCACUAUUCCGUCAAGAGCACGCCCAAGCUCUCUGCGUCGUCCUCGUCCUCGCCCGUGUUUCCCACCACAGCAGCCCAACCCGCUCCCUCACCCUCCGUCCCACAAACCACGCCACCAGAUGCAGAAUCCCUAUCUCGCGACCAAACCAUGUACCUCGAAGAGCGCUACGGCCGCAAUCUCCCCCUAUCCUCUGCCCCACACGCCAAACGCGCCCUGCGCAGACGCAUCGCCGGCGUCCUCCUGCACGACGACUCGCCCUCCCCCGCCCCCUCCGACGCGGAUGACGCGAUCGGCCAAGCCGGCGCAGAAGAGCCCCUCGCGCCGCUCGGCCCGUCCUCGCGCGGCGUGCCCGGCGUGACGGAGCACGACGUGUUCCUCUUCCCCACCGGCAUGUCCGCGAUCUGGAGCGCGCACCAGCUCGCGCUCGGCGCUGCCCCCGCGGGCGUGCGCGAGAGCGCGAAGAGCGUGUGUUUCGGGUUCCCGUACACGGACACGCUUAAGAUCCUCGAGAAGUGGGGGCCGGGGUGCUAUUUCCUGGGCCACGGGCUGGACGAAGAUGUGGAUGAGCUCGAGCGCAUUCUCGCCUCUCCUUCUUCUUCCCCUAACGAGAGCGAGAACGACGGCGAGCGCCCGAUCCUCGCCCUCUUCACCGAAUUCCCGUCCAACCCGCUCCUGCGCUCCGCCCCGCUCCCGCGCCUGCGUGCGCUCGCCGACAAGCACAACUUCAUUCUAGUUGUGGACGACACGAUCGGCAACUUCCUCAACGUCGCCGUGCUCCCGCACGCGGACAUCGUCGUCUCCUCGCUCAGCAAGAUCUUCAGCGGCGACGCGAACGCCAUGGGCGGCGCGCUCGUGCUCAACCCCGCAGGCGCGCACUAUCCCGCGCUGAAGCGCACGAUGGGCGCGCAGUACGAGGACGUGUAUUGGGCGGAGGACGCGCUGUUUAUGGAGCGCAACUCGCGCGACUUUGCGAGGCGCGUGAGGAGGGUAGACGAGAACACGCUCGCGGUGUGCGAGUUUCUCCAUGCGCGCUCUGCUGCGCUUGCCUCUUCCUCUUCCCCCACAUCUUCACUCCCGAAUGAGAACACCAAACCACCCAUCAUCAACCAGGUCUUCUACCCAAAAUACAUCACACCACACAACUACGCCACCUGCCGCGUCCUCUCCCCAACGACCGGCGUCCCCGAGGGCGGAUACGGCGGUCUGUUCAGCCUCACGUUCACCUCCCUGCUCGCCUCACGCGCCUUCUUUGACGCGCUACCGUGUAUGAAAGGCCCCUCGCUCGGCACCAACUUCACGCUCGCGUGCCCGUACACCAUCCUCGCGCACUAUGCCGAGCUGCCCUGGGCCGCGGGCUGGGGCGUCGAGGAGGGCCUCGUACGCGUCAGCAUCGGGCUCGAGGAGAGAGACGUGCUGUUGAGCUGGUUCGCGGGGGCGUUGGAGGCGGCAGAGCGGGCCACGCAGGGCGAGGGCGAGGCUGGAAUCUAGAGCGCGUUUCAGUAGCUGGGCUAUUUACUGUGCGCUGCGCUGAAGUUGAGAUCACUUUAUAUAUUGCUUAUCAAUUAGGGAUAGAGUGGAGUAGCUCAUUUUGAAUGUAUCCGUACCACUUCGUAUUCAACAUACAGAAGCUAUACACAUACAGACGGGACGGCUCCUUUGUAAGGAGGACGAGACAUAGAGAGGUGCUGAGCCCGGAGCGCGAGAGAUGUGAGAUGGGGACAGGAUUACAUGCCAUGCAUAUCGAUCGAUGAUAAGAGGAGGAUGCAGAGAAGAAUCUAGAGUCUAUGGCAUAACUUAUAUGUAGACGGACGAGGCGUGAUAGGGCCCAGCCCAACUAUGAUAGGCGUACAAGAAUCGAAAAAGAGAAGAAGGGGAAGACCAAACCAUAUAGAAAAGGAAAAAGGACCAGCCGCUCACUGCACAACCUGUGCAGUCCCGUUGGCACGCUGCUGCACCUCCUCCUUGGCCUCCUCCUUCUUGGCACCGAGAACAUGGACGAGAUCGCCAAUCCGCUGCGAAAGUCGCUCGAGCAUCGGGUUCACGCGCUCGCGGACCUCGGCUCCGAUCUUGCCCGCCUUCUCGUUGAGCGGCACGUCCUUUGCAGUGAUGAUCUCCUUCAACUGCGCGACCGUGUUAGAGACGUCCGGGUACGAGGACUGGAGCGUCUGCGGGAGCUGCGCGGACGACUGUUGCAGCUUCUGCAACUCGGUGAGGAUGUUGUCCGAGAGGGCGUGGAUGCGCGUCUGAGCGUUGGUGUACCCCGCCGAGGCGAGGGUCUGGAUCGACUGCGCGGACUCCAUCGCGCGUUGAACAAACACAUUUUGCUCCUGGAGUUGCUUGAGGUGCUCGUGCGAGUAGACGUAGACGUUGUCGCGGAGGUGCUUCGAGAGUUCAUAGGCGCGCUGGUACUGGAACUGGCUCGCAUCCGAGGCGGGCGAGGACGCGGGCGAGUCGCCGCCGUUGGUCUUGUUCACGAUGACCUCGAAGUAGUUGACAACGGGUGCGAAUCUCUGGUCGAUCCCCUGAGCAACCUCGAAAGCGGGUGUGCGAACACGCUCGUCGAAGCUCUUGUACGAACUCUCGCGGCCUUCCUUGACGAGCUUGACGACAUCCUCAGGAGUGGCCUUGAAGGGGUAGGGGUAGCGGGACUCGACAACAUCGAGACCCUUGUUGGCGAAGCCGUCUGCGCGGACAAGCAGGGGAGCGAGGCUGCGCUGAAGGGGCUGGGAGUAGGAAUAAGCAGACUUGGAAACAGACUCUGCGAGGGAGUAGGGAGUGCGUGUGAGGGUGUUGGAGGAGAGGACAGUAUGGAGCUG